UUGCAAAAACAAUUUAAGAAGGGAGUCAUACAAAAUCUUGAUAUUGAUUGAUUUAAGUUGAAUUGAGCAAUGGCAGAUGGUAAAGAGAUGGAGAGGGCGCGGAGGGAUCUAAGAGCCCUCAUCUCUUCCAAGAAUUGUGCCCCCAUCAUGCUUCGCUUGGCGUGGCACGAUGCAGGCACAUAUGAUGCGAAAACAAAGACUGGAGGUCCCAAUGGUUCAAUCAGGAACCAAGCUGAGCUCAAUCAUGCAGCCAAUACUGGUCUCAAAAUUGCCAUUGAUCUUUGUGAAGAAGUAAAAGCUAAACACCCGCGAGUUUCAUAUGCAGAUCUUUACCAGCUUGCUGGCGUGGUUGCUGUUGAGGUAACUGGAGGCCCUACCAUCGACUUUGUUGGAGGCCGAAAGGAUUCUAUGGCCUCCCCGGAAGAAGGCCGCCUUCCCGACGCCAAACAAGGUGCUUCUCACCUAAGGAAUGUUUUCAAUCGAAUGGGUCUAUCCGACCAAGAUAUUGUAGCACUAUCUGGGGGCCAUACACUGGGAAGAGCACAUGCUGAGAGAUCUGGAUUCCAAGGCCCUUGGACCCGCGAUCCUCUCAAAUUUGACAAUUCUUACUUCCUGGAGCUUCUUAGAGGCGAUUCUACAGGCCUGCUUAAACUACCCACUGAUAAGGUUCUCGUGGAGGAUCCACAAUUCAGGAAAUUUGUGACCCUCUAUGCUGAGGAUGAAGAAGCAUUCUUCCGGGACUAUGCUGCGUCGCACAAAAGGCUCUCCGAGCUGGGAUUCAGUCCACCAUCGUCUUUAAGAUUAGCCAUGAAGAAGACGAUGAUCGCGGCUGUUGUUGCUGUCACGGUGGUGUUUCUGAGUUACUUGUAUGAAAUAAACAAAACAGAGUUGUCUAAAUGAUCAGUAAUGUAAUAUGUGUUCCAUGUAAAUACAUUUCACAACAAACUGAAAUUCAAUAAACAGAAUUUCAUGU